UUUGCCUGCAAAAACGCUCAAUCUUUUAUCAAGUGUUAGUGAAGUGAAGCAGUUUUUUAUUUUUCUUCAAAAAUGGCUUUUGCUCUCCCUAUUCUAAUGAAUUUACCCGAAGAUCAACCUCCUCCACCUGGGUACAACGUGAAGGAAAGGAAAUUUGCAGCUGACUUCAGUGAUAAGGAGUUAAAGAGGCAGACUCGUCUGACCCGUUUCCAGUUUGAAUUUUUAUUGGAGCGAAUCGGCCCUCUUAUUGAAAGCCACAGCAGCUCUUCACUCACCAUCUCAGCUGAGACAAAACUUCUAGCUGUUUUGGAUUUCCUGGCCACCGGAGAGUUCCAAAGAUGCUGCAGCCAAAAAUAUGGCUUUGUCCAAAGCCAAAUGUCACUUUUCAUUCAGCAGGUUGUAGAAGCAAUUAUUACUUUGGCCCCCAAAUUCGUACGUAUGCCGAACACUCCUGAAGCAAUGCAGGAUGUUGCAGAGGAGUUUGAGGCUAUGUAUGGGUUUCCGCAGCUAUUAGGGUGCAUUGAUGGAACUUUAGUCCAAAUCCAGACCCCCACCCAGGAUGAGCAUAUAUUCGUUGAUCGAAAAGGCAACCACUCUAUCAACUGUCAAAUCAUUUGCGAUUCCCAUAUGAGAAUAUUGGAUGUUGUGGCCAGAUGGCCAGGUAGUGUGCACGACGGCGGUAUUUUUGAGGUGUCCCAGAUCAAGCAUCGUUUUGACAAUCAUGUUUUUGGAGACUACAAGUUGCUCGGUGACUCGGGAUAUCGACUAUCGCGGUACCUUCUAACAAUAUAUCGCCCUGCUAUUACUGCAUCCCAACAAAUCUACAAUCAGUUGCAUAAGUCGACGCGAUGUGUGGUCGAAAGGUGUGUAGGAUUACUGAAAGGACGGUGGAGAUGCCUGCACAGCACUGGUGGUAAUCUCAUCUAUACUCCAGGAAAAGUUUGCAGAAUGUUCUUGGCUUGCAGCAUUCUUCACAACAUUUGCUUCAUGACUGAAGAUGGUGGACUUGAAGAUAUUGAUGAAGAUCUUAUAAUGAUGGACGACGUAGAUGAGCAAGUAAAUAAUGCAUUGCCUGCUGGCGUGGCGCAUGAUUUGAGGAACAACUUUUUAAAUGCACAUCCUGCUUUCCAUCCUGCCUUCUAUAAUUUGUGAAUUAUCAUAUCAAUACACUGGUCAGGAAACGUUUUUCAACUGUGAGGUAUUUUUGCACGUUGAAGGGCAAAAAUUUAACCUGCAACCAAAUGAUGCAGCUUCUCAUGCAAUGUCAUGUAUGGAACAGCCAGGCACUCCAUCGCCAAGUCUCAGGUGCCAACAACUUAUUAUGAAUCUCCAAAAUCCUACUUUCUGUACAAAAUAUGAAGGGAUGAGAGGGUGGAAGAGAGGACUAAUCACCAUAUUUCAUUAUUAUCACUACAUUUUACGAUUUUGCCGUAUCAGCCGAGAUGUACCUAUCAGGUGAUCAUGGGUCCUAUUUGUUAAAAUUUGUUUGUCUUUCUUUAUUCCUGUACUCCAAGUUUAAAAGUGGGGACUAAAAAUCAGCUGAAAAUUUGUCACCCAUAAAAGCUGCACUGGUUUCACUUGCCCUAAAUCCAGUUCUGCCAAUGACUUUUAUAAUGUUCUUUCAGCACUGUAUUUUUAUUCGUCAAAUAUGGUAAUUGAAACCAUCCACAAAAAGAUAAAAAAUAAAUUGUCAGUUACAGUAGUUUCAAAUCUAAAAAAUUCAGUUUCAAAAUGUGGAGUCCAUAAUAUUUAGC